AUUGAUUGUACUCCGGUAUCCCACACAUACACCCACAUCCCACACAGCAUCACCAUCCUCAUCAUGCGCGCUUUUACCUGGAUUUCACUGAUCUCCGCUCUCAACCUUGCUUUGGCCGCUCCCACGUGCAAGGCCAAGGGAAAGACGUCGACUGCCGCCGCUCCCGCUCCCACUUCCUCGGGCACCUCGAGCUCUGGCUCUGGCUCGGGUUCUGGCUCUACCACCCCCAGCAACAGCACGGGUGGCAGCAACGGCACCGUCGCUCUCGCCUGGUUCGCUGGCUACCAUGCCGAUGUCUUCCCCAUCUCCAACAUCAGCUGGAACAAGUACACCGCCAUGAACUACUUCGUCGCUGUCACUGCCGCAGACGGCUCCGUCACCCUCGAGUCCUCGGACCAAACUCUCCUUCCCCAGUUCGUCCAGGCUGCCCACUCAAAUAACGUCAAGGCCAUUCUCACUGUCGGAGGAUGGACCGGCUCGCAAUACUUCUCCUCGGACUUUGCCACGGACAGCAACCGCACGGCCGCCGCGCAGACCAUGAUGAAGCUCGUCCAGCAGUACAGUCUCGACGGGCUGGACUUUGACUGGGAGUACCCCAACGCAGCCGGCAUCGGCUGCAACGUUCAGUCUACGCAGGACCCGCAGAACUUCCUGUCGUUCCUCCAGGAGCUCCGCAAGCAGCCUGGCGCUGACAACCUCACGCUUUCCGCCGCUACGGGCGUGACGCCUUGGGCUGGUGUCACCGAUUUGUCUGGGUUUGCGUCGGUUCUUGAUUACAUCGAAAUCAUGAACUACGACGUUUAUGGCCCCGGCUGGUCCUCCGUCGUCGGCCCCAACUCGCCUCUCAACGACACCUGCAUGCCCUCCAACGCGACGCAAGCCGGCUCGGCUGUCUCGGCCGUCGCCGCGUGGUCCCAGGCUGGCUUCCCCGCCAACCAGAUCGUACUUGGCGUCCCCUCGUAUGGGCACGGAUGGUCCGUCUCCGUGCAAGACGCGACGGGCGCGGCCUCGGCCUCGGACGCCAGCGCGCUCGUCGCGUACCCGAGCUUUAACAAGGGCCAGGCCGCGCCCGGCGACAAGUGGGCAGGCGCUGCGGGCACGGACGUGUGCGGGAACGCGACGCCGGCGGGCGGCACGUACGAGUUCUGGGGGCUCGUCGAUAACGGGUUCUUGAACGGCAACGGGACCGUUGCGCAGGGCAAGCUGUAUAGGUACGACGAGUGCACGCAGACGCCGUAUGUGUACGAUCCGACGAGCCAGGUGAUGGUUGCGUACGACGACGCGACGUCGUUUGCGGCCAAGGGCGCGUACAUUAAGAGCGCGGGGCUGAAGGGCUUUGCGCUGUAUGAGACGGGCGGGGAUUAUAAUGAUAUCCUGCUCGAUGCUAUCACGGGCGCGGUGGGCAGCAGCUGAGUUGUCGCGGCCUAGCUGGUGUUAUGAUAUCGCGGCGGCUUGGGUCCCGUCGAUGGAUUUUCUUUUUAUUCCUUUGGAGCUUUCUUACUUUUUAUGCCCGUCGUGCUGGUCUUGUUUUCCUCGGGCUCUGGCAGAUCCACCUACACUUUCUCCCCUCGACUUGGCUCGAGGAUCUCGCUGUACGGCGUUAUGCGCCGUACACGCAUAUAUGCGCCGCCCGUCGAUCGGCUGCGCGGUUCUGUACUACAUCACUAUAUAUAUAGUCUAGGUACUUGAUGUCCUCCCCAUGCUAUUACAGGUUAAUGCUGUGUACGCGUACUUGUCUCUGUUAUACCUGCUCUAGUAGUUGCACUGUCGGCAAUCUAUUGUGAUGUGU